UUUAAUGUAUCGUGUGUUCGAUGUAGUUUUAUUAUUAUUAAUUUAUUCAUCACUUCUGGACAAGAACAAUACCGUAAUCUCACUUUUUAAGACUCGGUGCUGCUGAUUGAUUCAGUCACGUGACUGAGACCAGGCGGUCUGUAACGUGGUGUAGGCUCGCCCUCUAGCGGCUGAAUGUGGGACUCGCAGGCGGUUCCGAUCCGGCUGAUCCCAGACUCCAGCGCUGGAGGACUGCGAACAGAACCGCUGCGGUGUUCCGCUAAUGCCGCCGCCGAGCCGGAACGUCCACCCGCAGGAUCCGUGAGGUAAACAGCUUCAUCUGUGCGUGUUCUGCUCGGUCUGAACUUACUGGAGAUCCAGGAUCUGAAUCGAGCUUUUGGUUUUGGACCUUCAGCUGAAAUAAUGAUACAAAAAGGAACUUUAUCCUGAAGUUCCAGAGCUCACGCUGUGAUCGUGAGUGAAGCCGCAGACUCCGGAGACCGUCCGUGACACCUCACUUUGUACUGCUGAAGAAGUCGUGACUGAGAGCAGCGAUGGGACGCUACUUUCACAGUGAAGUCCACAUCCACAGUCCUUGGGCUCAGGUGGUCGCCGCCUUCUGGCAGCGAUACCCAAAUCCGUACAG